AUAAAGAGGCAGUUGUUUUAUUCAGUCAAGUUUAGAACCCAUUCUGUGAAUCGGGUCAGAAUGGUUCAAACGAUUGAAAUACGGCUAUUUAUAUGUUAUUUGAUUCUCGGAGGACUUGUUGGGUCGAUGGGAAAAGACUUGCAACAGUUAGGUGAUGAGGGUCGAAAUAAAACUUCCGAAUAUCGGAAAAGAACGUCAGCUCUUAGAACGCCAUCUUUCACGAAAAAAGACGAACCAGAUGUUGGAUUGUCAAAGAAUGUUUCUCAACAGAAAAUAACAGUAAAAGAGAUUGGAUUAUUACAGCAAAACACUUACUUCGAUGCAUACAGGACAAAUCGUUUUAGAAGAUACUCAAAACAUGUAAACAACUUGACAGACACUAAAGAAUGCGAAAUGAAAGUCCAUUACAGGACUUUGAAUGCUUUUGUUCAUCUUAUAGGGAGAUACGAAUCCAAUUACGUGUUUCUUGGACUCCAGCCCUCGAAGGGUUCAGGUAUAACGAUCAGGAGCAACCCAGAUGUAGUAGACGGGAAUACCUGGAUCUGGACUUUUAAGGGUAAGGACGGAGCCGUGGAGUUUUUGAGAUGGCCAGUCGAGUUUGGAGUAUGGUCGAUUGGAAUGUUGUAUCAGUCCGUUCUACAAAAGCCGAUUGUGCCAUCAGUUGUUUUAACGAGAGUCAGUGGAGAUUGCUCCAACCUAACGGUUGGAAACGUAAAAGAUGACCUUGUGAUUAGUAAGGCGCUAAAUGCGAUCACUCUUGGGUUGAUGAGCAAUUAUUCGGAUGGGGCUAAGUUCGGAGCAAGCUUCUUUUGUUACAUAAGAAAACGAAGCAUCCAUGCAAAUGCUAUGUGAAAACGUUGCAUGUCCGUGCGAAGUUUUUGAACGUGUUUGCUGCAGUUAUAGAUACAACAAAACCACCUUGAAACGUAAUGUUGUUUGUCCAGAAUAUGAAUUCAAGUAUGCCACUAUAUCGUAUAUGUUACCCAUUAUGUUGGCCACUAUUAUAUUUAUUUACUUUCCAAUACUUUUAUUGUUUGUCACGUACAAACUACUUGACGAUACACACUCAACCUAUGUGGUACAAAGCAAUAUACAACAAGGUUUAUCAGAAUCAGAUAACGGAUAUCAGGAUGUAAAAUUAGGCGGUCACUGUCUCACUCCAGAAAUUUAUCUAUUAGAGGGAUAUAAACACGUAUGCUUUUUCGAAUCAAUAUUUAUGCCCCUUAUUACCUUUAAGAGAGCUAUUUUUACGUUUCAAACGCGUUUUAUAUGUUUGGUCUUUGAUAGAUUUACAAGAGUAGGUUUCCCCUUAAUAACUCUGAGUAUACUUGGUAUUCAAUCAUAAUCUGAUUACACAUAUCUUCACAGUAUCAUAACGACGA